AUGCGCGGCAACCAAUGCAAUUCGCAGGCCCUCGACCAAAUUGACGAAGAAGCGCAUGACAAUCAACAAGCACAUGACUCCAGGUCGACGACCUCGGCGGCCCCGUCCAUUGACGACAUGCUCUCGAUGACGGCACCCAUGGAUCACGAAGGCAUGACGGAAACGUCGAGCGAAGUCGACACGGACGAGGACAAGAACUACGAAUCGCAGUACUUGAGUCUAGGCCAGCAGUACGGCGCUCGAAGUAAGCAAAAGCGCCAAGAACGACGCAUGCAGGAACUGCUCGACCAAAAGAUGCAGUCGUUCAAUGGCGUUUCCCGCGCGCACGGCACCUCCGUCACGGACCCCGUGCGCCACACAUUUUCCAGCGAAUUCGCUCCACCGCGAUCUAUCAGUAACAGCAGCAGCACUCUGAAUUCGUCGCACCCGUCCAUGGUGAUGGGUCCCGUGCUUCAGUCCAUAGCGCAGGUGGACAUACACGACGGCCAUCGCCGCAUGCGUUCCUUCGAAGGAUGGCUUCUGAAGCGUGGUCAGCGCGUGAAGAACUGGAAGCGGAGGUACUUUACAUUGAACAGCCAAGAGCUCAAGUACAGCCAAGGCCCGGGCGAGAAACCCAAGGGGUUCGGCAUGGUCGUAGGGGUCAAGACAUCGCCCGAGUUCGCGUAUGCCUUGAGCAUCUCCAUGCUUCCAACCCGCGUUCUUGACGUGCAAGCAGAAAGCACAGACGAACAGGAAGCGUGGCUGCAGCGGCUGUUGGUGGCGUCCUCAAGCGCGACGACGAUAACUCCAUCCCUGGCACCUUCCCUUUCACUGUCGUUACCAAACUCGUCUGCGCCGUCGUCAGUGGCCGUAUCCCCUUUGCCCUCCCAUCAAGCUCAACCUCGACCUUCCAUGGACUUGUACCCAACACCGCCGCCGUCGACUAUUUCCACCAAACGCAACAGCUCGUUGUCUUCUCAAGAUAGUUCACUCGGCCACGACGACGAAAGCGAUGUCGUCGUCGGCCACAACAGCUCCUUGAUCAUGGACACGGCAUCCGAAUGCGAAGGCUGGCUGUAUAAACAGGGCAGUUUUGUGCGCAACUGGAAGAAGCGGUGGUUCAGCCUCACGCACCAUGUGCUGUCGUAUCGGGACAUGCAGUCGUCCGUGACCAUCAAAGGCCACGGCUGCGUCCACAGCGUCCAGCGUAGCACGACCACCCAUGCGUUUGGGCUCGUGAUUGAGCUCGACAACCACCGCAAGCUCCACGUGUACGCGGACGACGCCGACACGCAGAAGCGUUGGCAUCAUGCGAUCGCCCGCGUAUUGCAGCCGUCCGUGGCUCCGUUGACUUCGGGCGAAAUGCCCCAACAACAAGCAGCGCCAAUGCUGUCAGCUUCCCAAACGCUGUUCAAGCAGUCCAAGACCCACGGCGGGUACAUCAAAAACUUUUCAGGGUGGAUGAGCAUCCCUUCCGGACUGUUCAAUGCAUCGUGGACGCGAUGCUUCUUCACGUUGCACGGCGUCGAGUUGGCGCAGUCGGAGGACACGUCCGCCCCCGUCGCCCGCGUCGGCUCCAUCCAAAAAGUUCUCCCUUGGGAAGGCAAAUCCGGCGGCUUGGAGUUUCACAUGCUGGGCCAGAAGAACGUGUGGCGGACGCUGUGCCCGUCCGUGCGAGCGGCCACCGCGUGGGUCGCCGCCAUCCAAGACUGCCUCGGACGCACCCGAUACACGAUCGACAAGUUUCUGCGGUCAGCCGACGCCAAACAGAUGCAGACGACCAUGUGCGGAUGGCUUACGCGACUACCGGCCAAACAGCAUGGGCGACUGAGGCAGUACUACGUACUCCACCACUUGACCAUGAGUGUCGCGAAUGACGUGAACUUGCCGCCCCAAGAAGUCGACGUCGUCACAGCCAUCCUGUCGUCCGAGGACAGAGAUUGCGCGCUCGUGUUCAAGUUUUCCACGGCGCCCGACCUUGUCCUUGAAUGCGAUUCGGUGGAUUCGUGGACGCGGUGGCAGCGGAUAGUCCGCACGUGCCUCAAAGAGCCCCAGCGAGCCCACUACAGUUUAAGUUAACCCUCCUCAACCAACCAACCAAUCAUGCCUACCAUUGUUAUCGAUACAACUCGUGAUGUUACCCAGAAUGCGUAGUUUUGCACUAACUUACGGC